AUGGAUUUAGUUGCAACUCCACAGGCAGACAUAAUUCACAAGAUCGAUAACAAGAUCCUAGAAUUGAAAAAGGGAGGGCUAAGUCGCGAAGACCAGAAAGUCCUGAAAAGUGGUCGUCUCCAAUUUGUUUGGGAAGACCAUCGAGAGUGUUCUAAGACUUCAGUAACGGUAUGGCGGAAGACUCGUGCCUGUGGUGCCUACAAAGAGCUUCAAGACGUCAGUGACCAUCUUUUCUUCGCCACGGUGUUAGUGGUCACCCCAACAGAGUGUGGCAAGACGAGCUUUCAAGCAGUACUGGAUUCUCUGGUCUGUCUUGAGAACUACGAAGAGUACCAGUUCCGACUAGGGUCGAAAGCGCAAAAGUUCCUUGAGUCAACAGCUGCAGAACAGGGUUUCGCUGGAAACCAUCGUUACAUCAAUUUCAUUCAGUCCCUAUUCCCACAGCGUGAACUAAGACAAAUUCAAACGCCCAGGGCUCUCGAUUGACAUCAGAUUGAACUAGAAUAGGCCAUCGGAGUAGGGAGAGACCAGGUUAUCCGGGUAAAGACCUCAUUUAUAUCCUUUAUACAUGGAGAACAAUCUGGCACUGGGUUGUAGUCUACGGAAGCAGGC